AGCCUCGGCCCAGUUCCCGCCUCCCUCCCUCGCAGUCUCAGCCCCUCUCUCUCUCUCUCUCCGUCCGCGGAGGAGGAGGAGGAGGAGCCGCAGUGAAGUGAAGGGGAGCCUUGUCCUUCUGCGCUGAGGGCGGGCGGACGGGCGAGAUGGCCGCGGCGGCGCCCAGGCCCGAGAAGGGCGAGCGAAAGGCCGGCAGCCACCAGCAGUAAACCCCUUCUUCCGUCUCCCUUCUCUCCGCGUCUCCUCGGCCGCCAUGUGGGGGAGGCUGCUCUCCGAGCUAGGGCAGAACGGCGACUACCGAGCAGGCCCAGAAUAUUCCUCAUCAGGAUGGUUGCCUGGUCCUGAUCCAUUGUGGCAAGCCACAACUGCCCCAUCAAGCGGUCGGAGUAGCCACAUCAGGAGGCACAGCAUAGCUUCUGACAGUGGGGACACUGGCAUUGGAACCUCUUGCUCUGAUAGUGUGGAAGAUCAUUCGACCUCAAGUGGUACCUCCUCGUUUAAGCCUAGCCGCUCCCUAGUCUCAAUUCCCACUGCCCAUGUGAUGCCGACUAAUGCCAGUUCUUCGCUUUCCAAACAUCGGGAACUUCUCAAGACUGACUGUUCAAAAUGGAGCACGAGCCUUUUGAGGUCCGCUGGAAGUACACAUCAGGGCAUGCUGGACAGCUCUCUUGACAUGAAGGACUUGAGGCCUGUAAGGAAAUGGUCAUCUUUGUCGAAGCUCAGCCCAUCUGUGAGCUGUAGCCAGGAUGGGGGCAUUUAUGCAGCAGAGUACAGGGUCAGCAUGGAAAAAAUGGGAAGAGACAAGACUGUGUCACCACCAUUAAGAACAAAUGGGACAAGCUGCUUGCACAGUAGUAUGGAAGUUCUCAAAACUGAAGACAGAGAAACAGGGAAGAUGAGAAGUUCUACCCUGGACUGCAAAUACAAGUUUGAAAGUUGCAGCAAAGAAGACUUGGGGGUUCCUGAUCCCUCAAACAGGAGACAUGCCUUAGACAUGACCUAUAGUGCCUUACCUGAAAGCAAGCCUGUUAUAUCAAACUGUGAGGCUUUCCAUCCUGGAUAUAUAACUUUGGGGGCACAGGCUGUGAGCGGGCUUCCUAUUCAGCCCUCUGAGAGGACUCAGAGGUGGCUUACAGAACAAUUUCAUACAAAUCCACCCGAGUCUAGAUCUUCUGAGGAGUCAUACAGUUUACCUUCUUGGCAAUUACAGCAGCUUGAAGAAUUUAGAACGGGAAGUGAGCAUCAUGUACAGGUUCUGAGUGGAUCAUCUCGUCAGAGUUAUUCAGCAGCAAACUUUCAGGAUUAUAAUAACUGGGAGUCCCUGAUGAAAAUCAAAGAAGGAUUGUUAAGGCAAAAAGAGCUUGUGAUUGAUCGGCAGAACCAGCAAAUUAAUCUUUUGUAUCAGAAGAUAAGGGAAAAUGAACUACGGGCCCAGCAAGCAAGACUGGGGCAUAUUGUGAAUUGUGAAGACUCUUACGUGAGUACUUUCCAGCCUCAGUAUGAGAACACAGCAAUGCAGCCUUCAUUUUCAGAGAGAUCUCCAACCCAUUGUGAAAGGGAAGAGCUGGAACAAAAGCUUGCAAUAGUACAAAAUAAAGAGCUACAACUCAGUGAAUUUUUGAAACAAAUGGCAAACAAAGCUAGUGAGGAAAAGAAGAAGAUGGAAGAGAAGCUCAAAACCAGAGACAGGUACAUAAGCAGCCUGAAAAAGAAAUGCCAGAAAGAGUCAGAACAGAAUAAAGAGAAACAAAGAAGAAUAGAAACCCUUGAAAAGUACUUGGCUGAUCUGCCAACACUGGAUGAUGUUGAAAGUCAAAGUAAACAGCUUCAGGUUCUUGAAGAAAAGAACAAGCAGAUGAAAGGUACUGUGGCUGAGUUGGAAAGCGCGCUUGAAGAGUCUAAGACACAAAAUCAAGAAAAAGAAUUGCAGCUGGUCUGUCAGAAGCAGAAAGAAAAGGAAUUGGUAACAGCAGUACAAAGCCUGCAGCAGAAAGUAGAAAAAUGCCUGGAAGAUGGUGUCCGCCUUCCUAUGCUAGACACAAAACAGCUUCAGAGUGAAAAUGAAAGCCUCAAAGAGAAAAAUGACAAUGCUAGCAAGGUCAUAGACAAUCAACAGAAACAGAUUGCUCAGAUGACUAUAGAAAUCCAGUCUUUGCAGGAAAAGGUUUUGCAAGAAAAACUGACAGUUCAGAAGCAGAAAAAUGAACUUGAAGAUAAGGAUAAGAUUACACAGCGCUUGCAAAGGACUGUGAUUGAGAACCAAAGAUUAAUGGAAGAAAAUGCUUCUUUGAGGGAACAAAUUCUUCAGAUGGAACAGUGCAGGCAACCGCUGCCUGAGAAACUGCCUAUGGCUGAUCAGUUGUUCAAGGAAAUGUCUCAUUGUUUGUUUGACUUGAAAGCACUUUGCAGUAUUCUUACUCAUAGAGCUCAGGGCAAGGAGCCUAACAUGUCCUUAUUGCUGGGAAUCAGAUCAAUGAAUUGCUCAUCUGAAGAUGAGAACUACCACAGCACAGAAACUCUGUCAAAGAAACUCUCAGAAGUGUGUCAGUUACGAAAGGAUAUUGAUGAAUUGAGGACUAUAAUAUCAGAGUGUUAUGCUCAGGAUAUGGGAGAAAAUUGCAUUACACAAUGAUAAAGGUUGACCUCACAGCAACAAUGUCCAAGUUAUUAAAUGCUGCUCUGGUUUUAGUUCCUUGUGUUUCUUUUAAGAAGCCAUACUGGAAGACACACCCUCUGUGACCACUCACACCGUUUCAAGCAUGUGCGCUUAUUUUAAAGGAUAAAGUAAUCAUCAAUUCAAGACAAAAAUAUAUACUGAAAUCUGGUUUCAUCAAAACUACUGAAUAUUGGUCAAAGCUGUGAAGAAUGUCUGUUGACAAAAACUUGGUUUUGUUUCCUCAAUUAAGGAUGUAAAAAUAAUGAUAUACAUAUGAUUUUCUGGCAUAGAAACUGGAGUGUUAGAAGAGGGCACUCUUGCUACUACUGUACCAUUUUUCCUAUUCAGCCAAGCUUGGGGUUCAGUGGGGAAUUGGUUCCAGGACUCCAUGUGGCUACCAUAGAAUGUGGUUAUGUAUAAAGGGACAAGAAGGGAAUUUGAGGGCACCCAAAGGCAGCUGCUGGCACAUGUUCAAACCUCAUCCUCCCCUCCCAAACCUGCCAACCACUUUUUCCCUCCCUCGUUUCUCACAAAUGAUCCCUUCCACACCUCCAUCAUUGUUGCGUCCCAAAGGGCACCCAUAGUCCCCCCUCCUUUCUCCCUUGGCCUGCCUCGGUCUCUUUUUUGCCCUCAGCAGGGGAGUCCCAGAAGCAAGGCUACCAUCCGGGAUGGGGAAGAGAUGAGACAUUUUACAAAAAAACAAAAUGAAGACUGUUUUAUAAAAUAUUAGAAUAUUCUAUUACUAUUACUAUUUGUAUUGUUAAUCUGCCAUUGGUUGAAUCCGCAGAUUCACAGCCUGGAGAUAUAUGGAGGUCCCACUGUACAAAGUUAUCAUUAAUAAUCUGAUUGGAGAAAAUAUUGGAAGUCCUUUACUACCUGAUGGCAUUGAAACUAAAAACAGUUUUAUGGAGCAAGAACUUAGACAGAUGACUUUGAUAUGUUAAGAAAAAGUACCUUACUGUGUUCGUUUCCUCUGUUUGGUAAACUUUGUUUUAGUUAGCACUUGAUGGUGAGUUAUCAACAACUUAGAGUGAGCUGAAAAUAAACUCCCAUAUUUUAGAUAAAGCAUAAGGCUUUUGGAGAAUCUAAAUACCUUCCCUCAUAACCUCUAAAUAUUCUAUACUAAUUUGAAAAUAUUAGUCUGAUAACGUAUUUCUAUUCUGAGUGAAGGCAGGCUAGAUUAAAACACACAAUAUGUACAUCACGGAAAUACAAGAGACUGUUGCAUGUUGGUAAUCAGUACCAAAUAAUUCUACAAUUUCAGUUUGUUCAAGAGCUCACCCCAGCCUUCAGGAAGAUUACAAGGCAAAAAGGAACUUUUUCCCCAUAAAGUAUCAGUGAAGCAGUUCCUGGUGGAUACUCAUAGCAAGAAUUAGGAUGGAAACCAGAGAAGAAAUUUCCACGGGGAAAUUGACAGCAAGGGAAAUUAUCAAUGGGUUCAGCCAUGUGUGCUUAGAGUUCUUCUUUAGACCUAUCCAUUCAGUGUGGGAAGGUUGGGAUUGGAGGCUUGUAACCCCUCCUUGAUUCUUUUCAAGAUUUAUGUCAUUUGAUAUUUGGGUUUAUGUCAUUUAGUUGAUGAACAUGAUAUCACUUUAUUCUAACAGUCAUUUGAGAUGGAAUACUUUCUUGAAAGAGGAAGGAAAGAAGAAUAUUCAUUUUGCAUAUUUGUAGUUACAAUUAGCCACAAGGUGUGGAGACCAUGAGACUGGUCUUGCCAACAGUCAUUACUUAAACAAAAGCUUGUAUUAAUUACAUUUUCAGUUUUUUAUGUCAGUAUCUCUGUUUAAGACAUUUUUAAAGGGUCAAUGUUUCAUUGAUCUUUCCUCCCAAACUUUUGUGUGGCUUUUGUUUAAACAUCAUUUGUAUAUGAUUGUAAUUAUUUUUUCAAAAACCUUUUUGGACAUUUUUUCAAUAUUGUAUUUAUUUAAAUUGUUGUUUCUUGUUAUGCUGUUUUGCUUUCUGUCUGUGGAAAUAAUUUAACAUUGAUCUUUAGUACUGCUCAAUAUUUUGAAUGGCACCUUUGUAGGUAUUACCUUUGAACCAUUAGGUGAGCAUGAAGCAAGUUCCAUUUUAACAUAACAUUAUAAAGCAAACGACUGGAAUUUAAAAUACUAAGACUGCAAUCUCAAAUAUAAUUAAAUCUAAAUGAGUGGUAUUUCAUUUAGAAUUUAGGUAGUUUCCAGAUGAGUGGCCAGGAAUAGUUUUUGUUGCUUUACUUUUAUAUCAACAAACAACUAACAGUGAGUGAAAGCUCUUCAACCUGAAAAUAAUUUUUGUUUUUCUUUGAUUCUGUGAUGAUAUAAAUUAAGCACUACAACUUCAAUGCAGAACUAGGAAAGAAUAUUCUAUUGAUUUAAAGUAGAGCAAGUUUGUUUAAACUAGAUUUGUAGCAAAGGCUAGUUUUUAUAUUUUAUAUUUUAUAAAACUAUAUUGUAGUUUUAUUUGACCCUAUACAUAAGGUUAGGCUGUGGAGGGAGUCCUUAGGCCCUUUUUUAAUCUGCUACCUUCAUUUCACAUGAUCUGAUCAAAAAUUGUAAUACUGAAGAUUUACUGAGUACUUAGGAAUCAGGCCAUAUCCAUUUUUGUCCAUGAAGUAUGUAGGGACAAAAGUGUUGAAUAGGUAGAACAUUUAAGACCGUCCUAUCCUUAUUUUUUGCUUCUUUUUUUUUUUUGUACCAGCUGUUUUCAUUGAAGGAUAGCAUUCGGGAUGCUUUAAAAAAUCCCAAACAUGCAAGGCUCCAAUAGGUAAUACCGUAAUAUUCAGAAACAUGGAACAAAUCACAUUUGUUACAUUAUGACAUAAAGAUAAAUCAUAAUGAAAUAAUUUUCACCUUAUUUUUCAGGUCUAGUUUAAAAGUUAACAAAGUUAACAGAAUGAAGGAAUCAGGGAAGGGGUCUUAUUUUGUGUCUGAAACACGCUCUGUGAUGAAUAAUAUCUUAUGAGUCUUCCUUUGGAUUUCUUUUACGUCCUACUCAGAUACUAUCAAAUUUAUUUAUUUUAGUUUAAAUAUCCCCAGUCCAGAAUUUGCUAACUGUCCCAAACAAUUUUUUGAUAUUGUCAGAGUUGAAAGCACCAGUCUUCUCUCCGAAGCUAAACUCAUAGUUCCUAUAUAAAGGAAGGAAGGCCAUGAACUCAUUUGCUCAUACCUGUGGUUUCUAGAACUUGGAAAGGGCUUUAUAUUUGGAAAAAGCCCCACUUAUUGACGACUGGUUCUGUCUCAGUCAAGUGAGGUCAGUGAAGGAAGAUGAUAGCCAAAGACAGAAAUGGCAUGAGCAAAAGCUAAUAAGCCAUAAAGGCACAGUAUUAUUAUAUAUUAGGAUUAUCUUCUUAAAGAGGGUAUUCUGCUUAAAUAACUAAAUAACUUGUCAGUUUACAACGGCCUUUAAAUGGUUUAAUAUUUAUGCUAAGAAGUGCAUGAGUAUUUUCAGUUACUAUAUGUUCAACCCAUUUUAUGAGGAGUGGUUGACUAAUACUAGCAUUUUAAGAGAUGUGGUUAACAAUGGUCAUUACUUGGUAGACUGAUUUAGUCAUGACAACUUAUUUUGCCAUCCAUGUAAAAGACAAUCCCAAGGGCUGGAAAAUAUAUUACUAAGGAAUGGAAAUGUCUGUUAUCAAGCAUGAACAAAUUUGUACCAGUAGUGUUCAUAUUUCAGGUUGUCUUUUUAUAUCUGUAGUUGAAGUUUCACGGUAACUACUGUAACGAAAGAAUGUAUUUCAGAAGGGAGCUUGGAAAGUCAUUUUAGAUGACUAACUGUUAUUUAUAUGCAAUGUAAUAUGUGUAGUGUCAUACAUAUAUCUAGGAGAGUUGUGCAAACUUGGCUAACUCUGCAGCUUGAUUGAGCCCCUCCUGGCUACAGUCUGAGGGACCCUCAUUUGGAAGUUAAGCCCAAACAUUUUAGCCCAGAUCAAGAUUUCCCAAAUAAAUGAGUUUAGGGAUGGAUAUUAAACUGACAUUUUAGAUAUGUAGAUUUAGAAGCACAGUUCUGUAUUAUUAUUUUUAAGUAGGUUGUCAUACUCACUGGCCCCAGCUAUAAUUUUUUUAAAGAACUGAAAACAUUUGUUAUGUCAACCAAAGUUAUUUUUUUAUCUCUUCCACUGACUUUUAAUUUUUACUUUUCUGGAAGAAUGGAGAGAGAUUAUUUCUUGCCAGAUACCAGAAUAAGUGUGCGGUAAAGUGUGUUUUAAUUUUCACUUUCCUAAAACAUAAGGGGCGAGCCUUAGAAACCAAAUUUGGCAUUCAGUCAUGUUUCUGUAAACUUCUUUUCAGCUUAGGGAUAAAUAAUGCUCCAUGAUCGAUUUGACACAGUAUUCAAAAUUUGGGUGCUUUUCUACUCAAAAGUUGAAGAAAAGCAUUACUCUUUUACAAAAAGGCCAUGCAUAUUAAAAAUUUGCUGAAAAGAAAUCCAUAGAUUUAUUAAUUUCACUUGUCCAUGCCUCUGUGCCUUUUAAUUUUGCUUGUGGCUUAAAUAAUAAUCUUUCCUUUUUUAAAAAAAAAAGCCAAUCUGAAGUUGUUGCACUUUGUUCCCCCUGCUUAGAGAAGUUUUUAGCUUAUAGGUCUGGGAAAAGCAACUUUCAUAUAUAGAAAUAUUUUUGAAAUACUGUGGGUUAACCUUUGGAAAGGUAGUCUGGUCUUUCUUUACCAGUGAUUAUGCAUAUGGGGAAGGUGCAGGAAGUCCAAUCAGAAUGUAUUUAUUUUGUAUAUAUUAGGUAUAUGAUAAUCAGUGGCAAAAGCAAGGGAAAAAAGCACAGUAAGCAUGUAUUGGAUCAGUCUCCUAAGACUGGUAGGUUUUUUAACACUGGGUUCAGUUUCUGAACCACCUAGAAUACCUCAUGUGUACAUAGAGUUGUCAUGACUUAAUCAAAAUACAUUCAGUGUUGUUAUUGUUUUUUAGUUAUUAAAGGGCCACUGGCUGGUUCUUAUCGUCAGGCCUGUCAUUCUUGCCUCUUUUUGUAAUUUUUUAAAAGUAGUGUUUACAGCUAGAAUUUUGAAUGCCAAAGUUCUAUUUAUUAAAUGAUAAAGUUUUCAUUGUUAAUUACUAGUAUUUUUCCACUCUUGUUUGUUUGAUGUUUGGAUUUAUAUCUACAGAACAAAAAAUAAAUUUUGUUACAAAAUCUA